AUGGUUUUAUAUGAAUUACUAUGCAUUUCAAGAGCAGAUUUAAAAGUGAAAAGUCUGCGUGAACUUGUCAAAACAUCAGGAAGUGUCAUAAUAAAUAAAGGAGGAAUAAUUCGAGAUCUCGAAGAUUGGGGAAAUAUAGUUUUACCGAAAAAAAUCAAAAAACAUCAACAAACACAUUGUGAAGGACAUCAUUGGACUAUGCUAUUCGAUUCAAGCCCUCAAACCCAAUUUGAAGUAAAUAAAAUAUUAAAAUUAGACCCAAGAAUAAUUCGUCAUUCUAUUAUUAGAUUGGGAAACAAACUUCACGAAAUUUCUGAAAAAAUAAAUUAA